AUGAAUGAAGCCAAAUCACAUAUUGAGCCACACAGAGCUGUUUUUAUCCUUGUUGGAUGUAAACUGGAUUUGAAAGACCAAAGAGAAGUGUCAAGUGAAGAAGCUGCAAGGUUUGCAAACUUCAAUGAAAUGCCUUUUGUUGAAACUUCUGCCAAAACAGGUGAAAAUGUGGAAGAAGCGUUUCGUAUUGUUGGCCAGGAAAUUUAUAACCGCGUUCAGCUAGGAGAAUACUCAAUCCACGACGGAUGGGAUGGAGUUAAAGCUGGUUAUCGAAGAGCCGGCCGAGAUUACGGUCUAGUAGAAGCCGAAGCUGCCAGGACAACGUGUUGCUGA